CAUUGUCCAUUUUCAAACAGCAUUUUCAGAGCUGUUACUAAAAGUGAGACAUUGAGAUUGAGCUGGCAGUGGAAGGAAGGUGGAGCCUAAAAGGCUGAAGGGCUGAAAGGUCAGAGGUCACAGACUGGAUUCAAACCUCUACUUUCAUCCAUCCACAUCCAGGACUCCAAGCCAAAGUCCUCAUCUCUCCCAGGUCUCGCCAUGUCCAACGACCCGGCGGCUGAGCUGCCUUUUUACUACGGCAGCAUCAGUCGCUCAGAGGCCGAGCAGCAUCUGAAGCUAGCCGGGAUGGCCGACGGGCUCUUCUUGCUGCGACAGUGUAUCCGCAGUCUGGGUGGCUACGUCCUGUCUGUUGUGUGGAACCUGGAGUUUCACCAUUACUCUAUAGAGAAGAAGCUGAAUGGGACUUACUGCAUCGCAGGAGGGAAGAGUCACUGUGGGCCAGCAGAGCUCUGUGAGUUUUACAGCAAAGACCCCGACGGGCUGGUGUGCAUGUUGAGGAAACCAUGUCUGCGCUUGCCGGAUACACCGAUACGGCCCGGCGUGUUUGACAGCCUGAGAGAAAACAUGUUAAGGGAGUACGUGAAGCAGACCUGGAACCUGGAGGGAGAAGCCAUGGAGCAGGCCAUCAUCAGCCAAGCUCCUCAGCUGGAGAAACUCAUCGCCACCACAGCCCACGAGAAGAUGCCUUGGUAUCACGGUAAAAUUGCCCGCCAGGAGGGCGAGAGGAGGCUUUACUCGGGAGUACAACCAGACGGCAAGUUUCUAGUGAGAGACAGAGAGGAAUCGGGUACUUUUGCUCUCUCCAUGAUAUACGGGAAAACUGUGUACCACUAUCGGAUCCUCCAAGACAAAUCAGGGAAAUGCUUCAUGCCAGAGGGAACAAAGUUUGACACAAUCUGGCAGCUGGUUGAGUACCUGAAGAUGAAACCCGAUGGCCUGGUGACUGUUCUUGGGGAGGCGUGUGUUAAUGGCAAAGUUGCUGAAAAGACACCCAGUCUUCCUGCGACAAGGCGGACAGGCGCAAAUGGAUACACACCGCCACCUCGAGCUGUUGCAGCGGCCUCGAAUCCAGCUACCACUGUGCCUGCAGACCGUGAGGUUCUGCCGAUGGACUCCAGUGCAUUCAACCCGUACCACAACCCGAACGAAGUGAGGAAGUUUAACAUCCAAAGGACACAGCUGCUGAUUGACGAAGUGGAGCUUGGCUCUGGGAACUUUGGCUGCGUCAAGAAAGGAGUCCUCAAGACUGAUUCGGGUCAGAUCGAUGUGGCUGUCAAAGUGCUGAAGAAUGACAAUGAGAAGCUGGUGAAGGAAGAGAUGAUGAGGGAGGCAGAGAUUAUGCACCAGCUGAGUAACCCCUUCAUCGUCCGCAUGCUGGGUCUGUGCAAAGCUGAGAACCUGAUGCUGGUUAUGGAAAUGGCCUCUGCAGGACCCCUCAACAAAUUCCUCUCCACCAAUAAGGAUAAUGUAACUGUGGAGAACAUUGUCAACCUGAUGCACCAGGUGUCGAUGGGAAUGAAGUAUCUGGAGGAGAAGAACUUUGUGCACAGAGACUUAGCAGCUCGUAACGUCCUGCUGGUCAACCAGCAGUUCGCCAAAAUCAGUGACUUUGGGCUCUCCAAGGCCCUGGGAGCAGAUGACAACUAUUACAAGGCUCGUACUGCAGGUAAAUGGCCACUCAAGUGGUACGCUCCAGAAUGUAUAAACUUCCACAAAUUCUCCAGUAAAAGUGACGUGUGGAGUUUUGGGAUCACCAUGUGGGAAGCCUUCUCCUACGGAGGGAAACCUUACAAGAAAAUGAAAGGGCCGGAGGUGAUGCGCUUCAUUGAAGGUGGGAGUCGCAUGGAGUGUCCAGCAGCAUGUCCAGAGCAAAUGUACACAUUGAUGAAAGAGUGCUGGACGUACAAGCAUGAGGAGCGUCCUGACUUCAAGGCGGUUGAAGAGUCCAUGAGGUCUUACCAUUACUCUGUAUCGAAAAAGGCCAAGCCUGAGGGAUCUGCAGCCGCUGCUGCUGAGCCUGUUGAGUAGACAGAAACAAGGCCCAUUCUGUCCCAGUGUUGCACAAAGCUUCCUUUCAACUGGCCAUUAAACAACCAAAACAAAGAGCUUUUUAUGAACGAUGCACACAGACCAGCUUCGACUACAGUACCAAUACAGCUAAACAGGCCUCAGUGACAAUAAAUGUGCAUUUGUAAAUUGGACUCCAGUGUGUCAGACGUGUAAGGAGGACCUCUGUCUGUCAUGGUUUGAAUGUUAAGUGUUGACGUCUUUACAGUGAUGAAGAAACUAAUUUUAUAUUCUGGUGUUUUUGGAGUAUAAUGGGAGUAUAUGGCAUGUGUACAAGUUAUUGUUUCACUGUAUCUGCCAACACCUAUGAUUUUAUUGUUUUUUUUAUGCCAAAUAAACUAUAAGUAGAAUGAAACCGA